AUGUUGAUCAAAGUCAAGACUCUAACUGGCAAAGAAAUAGAGAUUGACAUUGAGCCAACUGAUAAGGUGACGAGAAUCAAGGAGCGUGUUGAAGAGAAGGAAGGCAUUCCACCACCACAACAACGGGCUGAUGACAAGACAGCAGCAGACUACAAUAUAGAAGGAGGCACAGUACUGCAUUUGGUACUAGCCUUACGAGGUGGAUGUUGA